AUGAAAGAAGACGCAAGUGGCUUCAAGCGAUCAACCGCAAGAAUUGGGCCGCCUGAUCAUGAUGGUGAUCGAGUUUGUGGAGUUCACUUUGCAUCAGGAUCUGCUAGAAGUGACCCAAGUGAUCCAGACUAUGUUCCACAUGUCAACAUGGGAUAUAAGACUGCAUCCAUGAUGACACCUGAAGCGAGGAAAGAUCGUUUUCACAGGGCACAGAUUAGAGAAGAUACCAAGAACAAACAAGCCAAGGAUAGCCAAGAAAGAAGUAAUGCUGCCUCAAUUCUACUUGAGUUGUCACUCAAUUCUUCCCUCAAUGAGCAGAGUGAACAAGGUGUUGAAGAAGAAGAAAAUCAGCCUGCACGAGACUUACAUGACCCCUGCAUUGAAGUGAUCAUGAAACUGAAAGCCGAAAAGAGACAGCUGCUCACAGAGGUAGAAAACCUACAAGCUGAAUUACAGGAUACAAGACAUCAGCUCAGAGCUUGUAGGUUCAGUGACCGAUUUUUGGAAGGAGACAAGAAGGAUGGAAAGACAUUGUUUUUCACAGGUAUCUCUAGUCAUGCCAGCUUCUUGUGGUUAGUUCAGUUCUGUGCACAUAUACUUCCUGUCUCGAUGACUCUAACUCCUGCCAGUGUGCUCAUGUUGGUGCUGAUGAAGCUACGUUUGAAUCUAGUAGACCAGGACUUGGCCUACAGAUUUGGAGUGUCAAGACAAACUGUGAAUGAUUUAAUCAGUAAGACCAUUCCACCACUUGCCCACAAAUUAUCAUUCCUGAUACAUUGGCCUGAAAGUGACGAUAUAUUAAGAAAUAUGCCCAAAGUGAUCAAACAAUCUUACAGAAAGUGCAGGGUCAUUAUAGACUGUUCGCGGAAAUAUUUAUUGAGAGGCCUGGCAAUUUCACUGCACGAGCUAUGA